AUGCAAAUCCAAUCAGUUGUUUGUAUUGCGGCUAGUUUAUUGGUGCUUUCUUGCACUCUUCAAACUUCAACCGCUGAAACCGAUCAAAGGAAAAUGAAAAGCAUGGCGGAAGUUCUCCAAAUCCUUCAAAAUUUGGAUAAAUAUUACACUCAAGCUGCAAGACCUAGGUUGUGA